AUGGUGAGUUCCCAUGGCAAAUUAGAACUGGUAGCAGUAAACGUCACUGUGGUCAUGGGAAUCAAGACUUUCAGUGACAUCAACUUGGAGAGGAAACAAGUGCAGAAGAUCAUCGCUCACAGAGACUACAAGCCGCCCCACCUCGACAGCGACCUCUGCCUUCUCCUGCUCGCCACGCCAAUCCAAUUCAAUAAAGUCAAAAUGCCCAUCUGCCUGCCGCAGAGGGAGAACUCCUGGGACCGGUGCUGGAUGUCAGAGUGGGCAUAUACUCACGGCCACGGUUCAGCCAAAGGCUCAAACAUGAACCUGAAGAAGCUGAGGGUGGUUCAGGUUAGCUGGAGGACAUGUGCCAAGAGGGUAACUCAGCUCUCCAGGAACAUGCUUUGUGCCUGGAAGGAAGUGGGCACCAAUGGCAAGUGCCAGGGAGACAGCGGCGCACCCAUGGUCUGUGCUAACUGGGAGACUCGGAGACUCUUUCAAGUGGGCGUCUUCAGCUGGGGCAUAACUUCAGGAUCCAGGGGGAGGCCAGGCAUGUUUGUGUCUGUGGCUCGGUUUAUCCCAUGGAUCUUGGAGGAGACACAAAGGGAGGGACAAGCCCUUACCCUCUCAAAAGCCUCAAAAAGUCUCUUGGCUCACAGUCCAUGCUACCAUCCCAUACUGCUAAGCUUGGGCUCUCAAAUAUUGCUUGCUGCCAUGUGUUCUGGGGUUAAAUCAAAUUGCUAA